CAUUUGUUUCAUUGUUGGCUUUCACUUUUCAGGUCACUUGGAGUUGGGACGAAGACUGGCUAUAAACUAUUUUCCCUAAAUAGUGUGGACAAAGUAGAGCAAAUAUGUGAUAAUGUAAAUGAAGACACAUGCAUCGUAGAACGGCUCUUCUCCAGCAGUCUGGUCGCUGUAGUUAGUUUAUCGUCUCCGCGCAAACUAAAAGUGUGCCACUUCAAGAAAAAUUCCGAGAUAUGCAACUACAGUUAUCCCAACACCAUUCUUGCCGUCAAGCUCAACCGGGCACGACUGGUGGUCUGCCUAGAGGAGUCCUUGUAUAUCCACAACAUCCGCGACAUGAAGGUUCUCCACACCAUCCGUGACACCCCGCCAAACCCCAUGGGUCUGUGCGCUCUCUCCAUUAGUAAUGACAACUGUUACUUAGCCUACCCUGGUUCCAACUCCAUUGGCCAGGUCCAGAUCUUCGAUGCUCAAAAUCUGGUAACAAGCAAAAAAGUGAUUCUGCUCAAAGAUAGCCUCUUGCUGCCCCUUGCUUUCCCCCCUUUCCUCCCACAGGUUGCCACAGCUUCAGAGAAAGGCACGGUGAUACGUGUCUUCAACGUGUCUGACGGAGCUCGGCUGCACGAGCUGCGGCGGGGCAUGAAGCGGUGCGCCACCAUCUUUUCCCUAGCCUUCUCGCCUGAUGCGCUCUUCCUCAUUGCCUCCUCCAAUACAGAGACAGUCCAUGUCUUCAAGCUCGAGGAGGUCAAGGAUACGCAACGAGUAGUGGUAGAGGAGCAGCCCGGACUAAUGGGCUGGAUGAGUAAAGCAGUGAGUGCGUCGGCCAGCUACUUACCAGCCCCUGUGACGGACAUGCUGAGUCAGGGCCGUGCCUUCGCCACCAUUACACUUCCUUUCCAGGGGAUACGGAAUGUCUGUGCCAUAGCAACGAUUCAGAAACAUCCUCGGGUAGUUGUCGCUUCAACAGAUGGUUAUUUGUACAUUUACAACCUAAAUACUACAGAAGGAGGUGACUGCACAUUAUUGAAACAACACAGGCUUGACGGAAGCGGUGAGGGGAGCAGCCCAGUAAGUGAGGGGGGCCCCGUGCUAGGACCUUACCCUGGAGGCGCCAAGAAGACAGAACCAGUGAGCACGACCGGAGGCAGCUAUGCAGGAGUGGUGAAGGGACCAUCUGCUGGAGUCAUGACAGGUAGUACAUCCGCGGACACUCUUCCCCCUCGCACGCAGGUUUUGGAUAUUUUUCUGGGAACUGCUUUCCAUGCUUGA